AUGACUGUGGCGGACAUGGAGAGUGCUAAACUGUUUGAUGCAGGGAAGAAAGGCCGAGGCCUAAAGGCUACAAAAGAGCUCAGCACUGGGGAAGUGGUCUUCGCCGAGCCCAGUUUUUCUGCUGUGGUCUUCGACAGUUUGGCCUCUCAGGUGUGCCACAGCUGUUUCCGUCGUCAGGCCAAACUGCAUCGCUGUGCUCAGUGUAAGUUUGCCAACUACUGUGACCGCACCUGCCAAACUGCAUGCUGGGAUGAACAUAAGCAGGAGUGUGGAGCCAUCAGGAAGAUCGGCAAGGCGCCCAGUGAGAAUGUCCGUCUGGCAGCUCGUGUGCUGUGGCGUAUACACAAGGACACAGGCGUUGUGUCAGACAGUCAGCUGAUCUCAGUGGACCAGCUGGAGGACCACGUAGCCGACCUGCCUGAAGAAGACCUCAAGCAGCUCAAGACUGACGUGCACAACUUCCUGGAAUACUGGUCUCAUGGAAGAAAGCAACACUCUGUUGACUACAUCUCACACAUCUUUGGCAUUAUUAAGUGUAAUGGAUUCACAAUGAGUGAUCAGAGAGGCCUGCAGGCUGUUGGUCUGGGUCUUUUCCCCAACCUGUGUCUGGUCAACCAUGACUGCUGGCCAAACUGCACUGUCAUCCUCAACCAUGGCAACCAGUCAGCUGUGAGUUCAGCUCUCCACUCUCAGAGGAGGAUCGAGCUGCGAGCUCUGGAGAAAAUUCCGGAGGGCCAGGAGCUAACAGUCAGCUACGUGGACUUCCUCAACCUGUCUUCUGACCGCCAAGAGAAGCUCAGGGAGCUUUUCCACUUUGAGUGCACCUGCAAGCACUGUAGCCAGCACAUCAAGGACGACCUGAUGAUGGCUGCCGCAGAGAGCGGGAAAACCUCGGCUGAUAAGGUGAAAGAGGUGACUGCCUUCAGUAAAGAGUGUCUGGAGAAAAUUGAGAAGUCCCGUGUUCAGGAGAAUUACCCUGAGGUGGCGAAGUUGUGUCGUGAGUGUCUGGAGAAGCAGGAGAAUGUCCUGGCUGAAACUCACCUCUAUAAGCUGCGUGUGCUCAGUGUUGCCAGUGAGGUGCUUUCAUACCUGCAGUCUUUCUCGGAGGCUGCAGACUACGCCCUCAGGAUGGUGGAGGGAUACAUGAAGUUGUACCACCCCAACAACGCCCAGUUGGGCAUCGCCAUCAUGCAGGCAGGCGUCGCCCACUGGCAUGCUGGGCAGAUAGAGGUGGGCCAUGGCAUGAUUUGCAAGGCCUACGGCAUCCUCAUUGUCACCCAUGGACCCAACCACGCUCUCACGAGAGACCUUGAGUCUAUACGUAUGCAGACUGAGACAGAGCUGAAGAUGUUCAAGCGGAACGAUGUGUACCAAACCAUUAGUCACGCUGCUCUGAAGAACCAGCCCAUGGCCGGCAGCUCCUCCGCUGAUGAAACGAUCAAAGAUAUUUUUCGCAAGCAAUAGUCGCCUUCAACACUGAUGAUCCUAUCAAAGAAACCUCUGUUCUGAUGCAUGUCCAACUGUGCAGUAACAUGUACAUAUACUGCAUGUCCUCUAAAGCA